AUGUCGCGCCCGGCCUUUUCCGUUUCCCGAGGAAACGGCGACGCCGUGUGGCAGAUCCGGCGGCGGUUUCGGCAGGUGAGGUCACUGCACCAAUCCCUCAGUCAGACAUACUUGGCCCGUGCGGGCUUACCCUCGCCCCCGCCUCGCGCCACAGCCCGCUCGGUGAUAUUUGGACAGCAUGACCGUCGCUUUCUGGAAGAGAGAGCUGCAAGGAUUCAAGACUACUUGAGAUCCCUGACCUUUGCGAUCCCCUACGUGGAGCAGUGUGAGGCGCUGUACCAGUUCUUGUGCUACCUGCACCUUCCGAGAUGGAGAGGCGACCGGGUCCUGGUGGGGGGCGGGGCCCCGCCAGUGGACCCCAGUGUGGUGCCCAAGCUGCCGCGGGUGGACAAGGAGUCCCAGGAAGUGAGCAGCAACCAGCAGGUGGUCUUCUGCGUGGUUUGCCAAGAGGUGAUGGAGGCCAAAGAGGACAUUCGUGUGCUUCCCUGCAAUCACAAGUUCCACUACAAGUGCAUUUCCAACUGGCUCUCCAAGCGGAAUACAUGCUGUGUUUGCAAUGGCCCGGCCGUGCUGACUGCCCCACACUUCACCUAG